GAUCAGAGAUGAAUCACACGGCUCUCGGUAACUCGUACCACCAUGCGACACCAGACUUCCCAAUUCUAGAAAUCAAUCCGGUACCGUACUACGGUACUGUAUCAUCGAUAAUGCGCAUAGUCGUGCCAGUAGAUAAAUUACUGUAGUUACUGGAACAGCAUAAACGCGGCGAAGAAGAGAUUAACGCAGAGCGACUAGACUCGAUCGAAACUGUUCUAGGACACACAAACACACACACACACAUACACAACCCCAUUGUAAGCACAGUAUUACCGUGAAUGUUGCUCGUGACACGAUCAUAAUUAUAACUCUGAACCGUACCGUACAGGUGAAAAGAAAAAAAAGUACUGCAUCAGUGGAUCCUUACCGUGAUUCUCUAUUGUCAACAGGAACGAAGCAAUCUAGCUAGGAGGAACGACGCAACACAUCCGAUCGGGCAACCGGGCGCGCAAAAAUACGAAAGCACCCAUCGAGUCGAAUCUAGACAACGACGAACACACAACACACAACACAACACGCGAACAAUACUAGACCAGAGCACCACACCACAACAUGUUCAAUCCGGAGGCACUGGGCGAAAGGAACAUUGCCGAGCAGCGGCGCAAGGACGCCUUUCGAAACAUCGAGAAGUGGUCCUUGGAAUUGAUACCCGAGUMCAUGCGGGAGGCCGCACAGGUCUCGGGGCAGGAAAUCGUCUGCGGGGAUCCGGAUUGCUCCCCCGUCGAUACGCUCGUGACGAUCAAUUUUGAAAGGUGAGAACAAACGACCAAAACCCAACGCCGAAUCGAGCGGAGURCGAACCAGUUCGGUCCAGGAACGAAACGUUACGGGACGKGRCGUGGCGUGGCGUAAUGGCAAUCGAUGCGAUGUGCGCCUCCGAGCGGAAUUUUCGUUGUUGUCUCACGCCUCUGUGCUGCUGUUUUCUGUGGAUUCUCGUCCGUGUGCGCUUUUGUAAAACAAACGCUUUCAAAUACCUCCGAAAACGUUUGUUUCUUUUGUCGUGUAUGUUCGCUGUGUGUGUCUGCGGGUUUGUGCACCGAUCGCCUCGAUUGCAAAACCCCCAACCGCAGUGGGAAGGACGGUAUGUUCGGCCUCCCGAUGGAGGCCUACGAGGUGACGAAGGAAGAACUCCAGAGCAAGUUCCCCACCACCGACGUCCUGGGGAAGUGGCACGCCGGCGAGGACGCCGAGUGGCCGCCGUACGAGGAACCGGAGUUCCCCCAGCUGCGGUUCGACGUCGGGGAGAAGGUCCUGUGCCGGAUCGGCCCCGACGCCGAGAAGGACUGGGCGCCCGGCACGGUCACGAUGCUGUGGUACUCGGAGCAGACCUGGCCACCGGGAUCCUUCGCCCCCUACAAGGUCAAGCUGGACGACGGCCGGUCUAUAUUUGCACCGGGCGACUUGGACCAGGUGAUUAGGAGGGCGUCGUAGCAUCGGRUGCGUAGGAGGCAAAACGGAAUGGAACGAAACACAACCAAUGGGCUUGUGUGCUGGAAUAYGAGCGAAUCAACUGGAAUCGGAUUCAUUUAGAAAAAUUGCAACGAUGCUCUAAAAGCAAGGCACAUCGCACAAAACAAAGGAUUGGCKAAAACAAUAACACGCGGAUGCAUAAUAAUAAUGAUAGAUAUAGUGU